AUCGGAAGUUACUGACAAUAAGCACCUUCAUCCCCCCCAAAGGCGGAGAGAGAGGGAGAGGAGGAGGAGGAGGAGAGACAGGGGGAGCGGAGAGCUGAUGCCUAAGCGAGUCACUCGGAGGAGGCAAGGCGGGCGGUACCACAACUUCUCGGCGGCGCGGAGCGGCGCGGAGCGGCGCGGAGCUUGCCGGCCGGAUCGCUCCCAUGUCAGGGCGGCGGUGGGGGACUGCACUCCGCUAGCGUGAAGCCACUGACCUCCCCCCUCUCCUCGCUCAGCGAUGUAUUCACUGCUCUCAGCCUGCACUUGCUUAUGUUUACAUUUCCUGCUGCUGUGCUUUCAGGUACAGAUGUUUGUUGCCGAGGAGAAUGUAGAUUUUCGGAUACAUGUGGAGAACCAAACACGAGCAAGGGACGAUGUGAGCAGGAAGCAGCUUCGGCUCUAUCAGCUCUACAGCAGGACAAGCGGGAAACACAUCCAAGUGCUAGGCAGGAGGAUCAGCGCCAAAGGAGAAGAUGGAGAUAAAUAUGCCCAGCUUCUAGUGGAAACAGACACUUUUGGCAGUCAAGUCCGGAUCAAAGGCAAAGAGACAGACUUUUACCUUUGCAUGAACAGGAAAGGCAAGCUAGUGGGGAAGCCUGAUGGCACCAGCAAGGAGUGUGUCUUCAUUGAAAAAGUCCUAGAAAACAACUAUACGGCACUGAUGUCAGCAAAAUAUUCAGGCUGGUAUGUUGGAUUCACCAAAAAAGGAAGGCCACGAAAAGGGCCCAAGACCCGGGAAAACCAGCAAGAUGUACAUUUUAUGAAGAGGUACCCAAAGGGUCAAGUGGAGAUACAGAAACCUUUCAAGUACACAACAGUCACCAAGAGGACUAAGAGAAUACGACCCACGAACCCCAGUUAAAAAUAGACAAAAACAGUGUCACAAUAAUAAAUCACAAAAAAAAAAAAAACUGCACCAGAGGAAUAUUUUUACAUUAAAAAUAAGGAAGAAGCUCUAUUUUUGUACAUUGUGUUUAAAAAAAUAAAAAUAAAAAAAUUAAUAAAAGACGAUGGCAAACGCUGGGGAAAAGCUGUUAGGGAUUUAUUGUGACUUGAAAAACAAAAUGAACUGCUCUAUUUAAAUUGACUUCUUGUUGUUGAUGACACACAGGUGCUUAUUUCUCUUUUUGGAAAGGACAACUUUUCAAGCAUAUCCCCAGAGGAAAAAGUAAUUAUUAAAAAUAAAUAAAUAAAACCAAAGAAAACCAAAGUUCUUUCCCAAAGUUACUGAGACCCUGCCCUGAAAAUUGCCAGUUUUGCAGUAAUCUAUUUAUUGUCUGCUGCAAGCUGGACCGAGACAAGAUGGUGUGUGCCGCAGUGAUUGAGUUUCCGUGGAGUUCUCAACGCAUCGAUCUUCUGUAACCUUUUUGACGACAUAAGGUGUCACGGCUCUGUGAUCCUGCAUUAUGCUCAGUUCUGGAGAAUGCUGCUAAAUACAUUCAAGUGACUACAAAAUGACCUAGUACACCAAUGAUAAGGGAAUAUUUUAAAACCAGCUAUAUUAUAUAUAUUAUAUAUAUAUAAGCUAUUUAUUUCACCUCUCUGUAUAUUGCAGUUCCAUGAACCAAGUAUUACUGCCUCAACAAUUAAAAAAAUUAUUUAAAACACA